AUGAUCCUCUUUCGGCCAAGGGCAAGGACUCCGUCUCUCAGAGCCAUCAGAAACUGUCUCCUCCCUGGAACCCAUCUCUAUGCCAAGCUUCUAACAUUCGAGUACAAGCAUCCCGAAGUCAAUAAUACGAGCUACAACCAGACGGAGUCUGGUAUCUUGGCCGAUAAGUUCACGGCCCUGCUGAUGCUAGAGUCACGCGUCGCGCAGAUGGAGGAAACUUGCAAUCAGCUCAAGAAGGACAUGACCCAAUUCCAGCGCAAAGAAGAUACCGUACACUAUCACAGUAUAGCGAUGGGCCGAGUGAGUUCAGUCGAAGCACGCCAAAUGAGAAUUGAGAGAAACUUCGAGCGCAUAGACGAAGGCCGACAGCAGAUGGAGGCCACCCAACAGCAAAUGCAGGUCACUCAGGCCGCUCAAGACCAGCGCAUCCAAUACCUCAUUGCCUGUGAGGACGCUCGCGACGCCUCUAAGCACGGCAGUAAUGCCUCUGAGGACGAACACUACCAGCGACACAAGGAGCUUCAAGACAGAUGCGACGAGCUGACGAUGAAGAAUAUGCGAUAUGAUGAGAUGUUCAUUUCUCAGGCAACCCGCAAUCAUAGAAUGGAUGCCUUGGGACAGAAUUUGGCUUUUUGUACUGCUAUCAUCGUUGUUGUCAUUGCCAUUGUGGGCUAUGCCGUUUUCUCGUCUUGGGAUUGA